CGUCUCGUCUCGAUUAUGGGCGUGUAAUACUCAGAAUCAUCAGCCUCGACGGAGCGAGCAACGGCAUGAAUUCUUCCAAGCAUCUACCAUGAAUUGCUAGAUUUUGUGCAGGAAUACCGAAAGUGGUUGAGCUGAGAAGGAGGAGUUGGAAGUUGAAGCCUAUCAGAAGCCGGGCCUGACCUCCCUUAGACCGGCCCGAAGGCACCUACCAGCUUGCCAGGCAGCGAAGGACUGACCGCAACCCCGCCUCCUUCGACCAUCAUCACCACAUCACAUACCAGUACUCUAGCCGGCGACAAACAAUUCCCUCCUCAAUCGAUCAAUCGAUCAAUCAGUACUAGGUAGUAAUCAUCAUGUCCUGCCCAGACUGUUUCCGCGGCGCCGCCCACAACCACGCCGAACCAAAAGGCACCAUCGAAACCAUCCACGGGAUUCGCACCUAUGUCGCCGGCGGCAGCGACCCUGCUCGCAGCAAAUCCGCAAUCAUAUACCUCCCGGACGGCUUCUCGCUCAAACUCGUCAACAACAAACUCCUGGCCGACGAGUACGCUGCCGGGACGGGAUGCAAAGUCUACAUUCCGGACGUCGUUUAUGACGGCGGCUUGGACCCAUCCCUCAUGCCCAAAAUGGAAAUCCUCAUGACCCCCAACGCCAGCUGGACAGUCACCGGCGUCCUAUCCAAAGUCUCCACAGCACUCACCCUCAUCCCCUCCAUGAUCCCAUUCUUGUUGUUCGCCCACCCGUCCAAAGUCUACCCGAAGAUCCUGUCGUACGCGCGCGCCGUGAAAGCAGACCUGCCACCUGGCGGCAAAGUGGGCGUUGCCGGAUUCUGCUGGGGCGCCUGGCCGGCCACGAAGCUGUGCGUUGAAACUACUACCGCAGACUCCAACCACGCAGAUGCCAGUCCACGACUAAUCGACGCCCAAUUCAACGGCCACCCAUCGUACAUAGUCAAGACGCCCGAGAUGGUCGUCGACGCGAUCCGCAAGUUCAAAGUGCCCUACUCGGUCGCCGUCGCCGAGAACGACAUGCAGUUCAACAAGGCCGAAGCCGAGAAAGUCGAGGCCACACUGCGCGAGGUGGUCGGGACAAGCGGCGGGGAGAGCGGUUGUACGUACGAGUUCAAGCUCUACGAGGGCUGUGUGCACGGAUUCUGUGUACGUGCGCCGAUCGGCAAGUACGACGAGACGAACGAGAGUGGGUAUGAAGGGGCCAAGAGGCAGGCCGUCGAGUGGUUUGACAAGUACUUGAAUUGAUGUGGAAUUGAAUUGGAUGGGUAUGGAUUGCAUGUCGCCGCAACCGCAACCGCAACUGCACUGCAUAGUGACUGGGAAACCCAUGCGGUGAGAGGAUCUUUUUGACCCAUGCAUGAGCAUGAGCGGAAUGAAGGGUCAGGCGAACAGAGUGGGCCACUCUUCGAGAAGCAGGCUGAGCUGCUCGUGAUCGGUAUGAUUGCAGGCGGGAAAGGAAAGCGGCUGCCAAACCCCUCUACAAUACGGAGAUACGGAGUACUAUACCGAAAAACGGGUACGGAGUACUGUAUGUGGAUUGGACUGAAAUUGAACGACUUCUCCAGGAGCCGACCGGGCGAUGUGACGACCAUGACGGCUCCGUGCUCUUUUCGUAGCGGGCAUCAUUAUAUCAAUCAAUCACAGUCUUCGACGGCGAAAGAUAACAAGCUCUGGGCAUGAAAGAAAAAUACGAGAUCGACAAGAGUCACAAAGUACAAAGUACAAAGUGCGGAGUAUAUAGUAUUGCAAGUCAUGCUUGGAUGUAUCAGUUCAUCAUAUCAUCAUCGUCGUCAAU